ACUAUAUAAAAACUUUUUAAUUUUUUUGUGAGAAAUUUUCAUAGCAAAAAGACAACCUCCAUGGUAGAUCUACCGAACAUAAAAUAAUGUUACAAGGAAAAAGAAUGGAUUUGAGGAAUGAUUUAAAGAAAGGGCAGGCACUAAAGUUUUUGAAUUCAUCUACUUUCCUAUCAUUUCCCUCCUAUUUCUUUACAUAACUAGGCAAUAUAAAAAAAACUUCUCUUUCCCCAUUAGUUAAAAUAAUAAAAAAGGCUACGGAAAAUAUACUUAUAGCUUAUCUUUCUUUUUUUCAUUAGAUAAACAAGUCCUGGUUAAAUUGUUUCUAUGGUCACAAAUUCAAAUUCAACAUCACUUUGGUUUCUGACAAGUCUUGGUCAUUGUAAAGUAUUGAUGUCACCAAGUCAAAAUUUCCUGAAAUUUUGACCAACAUUUUGUCAGCUCCUUGCUAGUACCUACCUUGCUGAGAAAGCUAGAUUCUGUCUAGUUUAUAAGUCAAGGUGCAGUUGAAGAAAGAAAGAGGGAAAAAAAGUGGUGGUACUUAAACUCAGUCAAUGCCACAUAAGUGAGAAAGGAAGGUUCUUUAGUUGUGAAACAAAAAAAGUUGCUGCUUUUUAUUAAGUUUAAGGCUACAAUUGAAGCUUAUACAUCUGAAUCUUGAUAAAACUUUCAGGUAUUUGCUGUGAUAAUGGUUUUCUUGGAGUUACAAAGUUAUUUUGAAUCAUGGAUUAGAAUAAGCAUUUCUUUUAGUACUUGUACUUAAGGGGCUUGUUUUUUGUGGAUCUUUUUUUAUGGAAAUUGGAGGUGUAAAUGCCAUGUGGUGAGCUCAGAGGUCAGCACAUGGCUUUCUCAUAUUUCAAAGUGUUGACACAGUAGAGGGUUUUAGGAUUUCAAGAGAAUCAGUUGACAGAGGAAGACCACUGGAUUGGUGUUAGGAAAACCAAAAAAAAAAAAUACACUUCUCUAGGUGAGUUUAUGAAGAGGAAACAGCCCAUCAAUUCUAAUCUCAUUAUUUAAAACCUGCUAAACCACUUCUUUUCUUCCAUUUUUAGCCCCUCCUUUUGGCAGUUUAGUUUACUUGCUGCCUAUUUUACCAAGUUUUUGUAUGCACUUUUCACAGCUUAGAUUCAAGCUAGUGAAGUGGUAUAUUUGCUUUCUUGAUCUCAGUUGAAGUUUCAUUGAAUCUUGGAAAUGCAUUCUUUGACUCUUUCUUAUACAAUCUCUUGUCUCUUGAGUCAAGAUUGGAAGUGUUAAUCAUCUUGUUGAUGUUCAUGCUUCUCCUCUCCAUCAUCAGUACAUCCAUCAAAAUCACAGUUUUUUCAAGAAGAGAGAAGAAAGUUCCCAUUUUUCCUUUUCUUUAUCCAACAUUAAACUUUUACAAGUGCCACCUGAUUGGGUAUAACUUUUUCCCUUUUUGUUCCCCUUAUUUCUUUUGCAAAAUCUUGAAAAUCCCCAAAUCAAAUGUCUUCUUCUAUGUCUCUCCUCAGAAGCUCAAUACUGUGGAUUGCUAUUCUUGUUCCACCAUACUUGUUAUUUGCCAAAUUUUCAGGAUAUGGGGUUGUUUCUAUUUCCAUAACAACUUCAGUUUUGGUUGUAUCUACCAUAGCUUUCAUAUUCUCAAAACAAAAGCAUAGUAUCCUGAAGGAAUCAUCAGUCCAAGAAGAAGAAGAACCUCAAAAUGGCAACUUUGGACAAGUUAAGGAAGUUUUAUCAGUCCAAAAUUCAAGAAUUGAAAAUGGGGUGGCUCAAAAUGGAAACUUUGAACAAGUUGAGGAAGUUUUAUCAGUCCAAAAUCCAAGAAUUGAAAAUGGGGUUGCUCAAAUACGUGAUUUAUAUUCAGAAAGUGAGAGUCUUGGUGGCCCCUCAUCUUCUUCAAGUGAAGAUUCUGAUAUUGACUGGCCAUUCUCAGGUGAGUUAGAACAAAGUCCACUAUGCUCAGAUGGUUCAAUUUCUGAUGAAGAAAGUCUAAUUGAAAUAGCACUUCCAAGUGGUCAAUUUGUAAAAGAUAGUCCCAAGUUGUCUUUUAAUCAGCAACACCAAAAGGUAGUAUUUGCAGAUUUAGUACCAGAAUCCAUCUUUCAACAACAUUGCGUAAUGGAUUUCUUGGCAGAUAUAAGUGAUGUUUAUGAAGAAGACAAUUUGAUAGAGAUUGACAUAUCCAUGGGAUCCAUCAAAUGUUCAGGAUUUGAGAUUCCAGCAUGAGUGGCUAUAUAUUAAAUUUUCUUGAUGUUUACUUGUCUAAUACUAAUUUGUUUAUCUGUAUCUGAAGUUUUUUGAUCCUUUAAUGGAUUUUGUGCUUAUAAGGGCUUUCAAGAUAGGAGACAAAUUCCAUUUUCUUUGUUUGUGAACAGUGAAGUUUGUGCUUGCUAAUACAUUGAAUUUUACCCAAUGAAAAGAAACUUUGGAUACCAAUUAAAACAGUUGUUAUUUCUGGUGGCCAUUUGUUUUCUCUUAAUGCACAUUAAAGUGUUAAAGUUUAAACUAUCAUGUUC